AACAAGAGAGUUAGAGUAAAUUGGUUUAUCAGUGCAUCGCAAAGGAUGUUGUUCACAUAAAUUUGAAGAAGAGUAAAAUUGCCCUCUUCCACAAACUGAAGAUGAUUGAAGUCAACCCCCUGGGCCUGUGGUUAUUUCUAAUUUUAUGUUCUCUCCAAGGUCAAUCUUUUAAAAUAUUCACCAAAUUUAUGAAUGGAAAUCUGAUAUUUACAUGGAGCAAUAUUUUAACAACCCGCAAUGAUAUAACCAUCAUUAAGGAUUCUCAGUCCAGUGAUUGGAUAUCGGUUUAUGAUGAUCAGUACACUGUGAAAGAUGUUACGCUAUACAAAACUGUAACGAUCAAAGUACGGGAGUUGUACAUAUCUCAAAAUUAUGUGGAAUACAACCGAACAUUCAACGUCAAAACAGUAGAAUCUAAGGAGGGUGAAUCAAGAAACAUUUCAUGGACUGCAGUUUAUUUCCCUAGAUCUGGACGAUACCUCAUUUUUCAUGUAUAUAAUGAUUCAGUAUCAACGAUUAUGAUGAUAGGGGACAGUGACCCGUCAAGUGAAAAGUAUAUUUAUCACACCCGUCCCCUAAAUUCUUCAAAUAUACAGUUUGAGGUGAAAAAAUUAGCAGUGCAGGAUGCCGGAUAUUACGUAGGAGGUGCAACAGAGACAGACGCGUUAGAAAGUGAAGGCGUGGUUCUUAUUGUUUUCGGAAAACCAGUGAAGGCACAAAUAACUGGGAAUCUGAAUAUUCAAGUCGGAGAAUUUGCCUAUCUGAAAUGUGAAAGUAGAUCUACGUCUGCUCCGUCCUAUUACAAGAAGUUUCAGCCAUUAACGUAUUCAUGGUUUGUCAGCAACACAAGGCUUGAUAGAGAGGUUAGAGAGACCUACAGCUUUAUUGUGUCUAAGGAGGUUAAAUACAACAAAUACAGCUGUCAGGCAAAGGAAACACUAGAAUCAGAAAGAAGUGAAGAAAUUCAGAUUAACCCUCUAUAUGGUCCAGGAAAUGUAAUAAUAAAUCCUCAGCCGCCUUAUGACGGUCUAAAUAUUCACGACGGGGAAACAUUUGGUCCAUACACAUGUUCUUCUGAUUGUAACCCACCUUGUGCCAUGCAGUGGAAAUAUAAACAUCCGUUAGGGAGUUUCAGAGACGCUACAUCCAUUUUGACGUCUUCAGUUACUGUACAAGAGCAAACAGCGAAUAGAACUAGUAUGGCAUCAAUUCGAUGUAUAGUGAGCGGCACUGACGGCAAAACAUCAUCAAGCAUCAAGCUGAACAUUCAAUAUUUAUUGGACCCGAGGUUAUAUAUUAAUGGUAAACCCAGCGAUGCAUUAACCAUUAAUGAAUCAAAUCAAGUUUUCCUGUCGUGUUUUGUCUAUGGAAAUCCUAUUCCAGAAAUCACCUUACGCAAACUCACUGGGAACCAGAUCUAUAUACAGAAUGUAAAUCAUUGGCUAAACUACACAUUGAUCAGAUGGGCCCAGUGCUCUGACACGGGUACUUUCGAAUGUGUCGGACAAUCGACGGAGUUUGGGAGAAGGAAUCAGUCCUUCAGUAUUAACGUUCUCUGUGAACCUCGCCUCGAUGAAGGUACUUUGGUGAAAAACAUCUAUGAAUCAAGAAGUGGCCCGGAUGUUAAAGUUGUUGUAAGUUUACCAGUUGUUGCGAAUCCCCUAACAUCUACAUCAGGGUUCGUUUGGUUAGGACCCACUUUUGCGUCAAUUUCAAUUGAUGUUUCACAAAGAGAUAACGUUGUCUACAAACACUGGAUCAACAGCUCCAUUCCUGUUCCUGAUCAGAGAUCAUUCGGAACCUAUUCGCUGAAAUACAAAGGAAAAGCCUUCGCUGAUAUAACAAUUCACGCCAAAGAUGUAAGUGCAGUUUCCAGAGAAUCCUCUAUUCAGACGGCCUGGGUGGUUAUUGGAGUACUCAUUGGUUUAUUCGUUUUGUUGCUGACGAGCUGUGGAGUUUAUAAGUUUACUUUUCGUCGAGGUAUUGGAACAGGAUCGAUUCAACAACCUAAGCCAGCUCACGAUCUCAGAAUCCAGAACAAAGAAUAUGAUGACAUUGAUGACGUCACUGUAGAAGCACAAGAUCAAAGUCCUAACAAUCAGACAUACGAGGAUGUAACAGAGAACACAGAACAAAUACAACCACUGACAGAUUAUCAGAAUAUCAGUGGACAUCAGGAUAACCAAUAUGAAGCGGUAAAGCCUGAUCAAGGUAGACUUUAUUCGUCUCUUAAGGUUCAGUGAACCGACGUAUAAAGAGACCUUUUUUAUGAAGAACUAUCAAUUUUUUCAUAAAAUGUAUAUUGGAAUAUUUUAAUUUAUUUUGAAAGACAAGGUAUGACACUAUUUGUCUUAAACUUAUAAAAAAGAUUCGUUUGAAAAAAAAAAUUAUCAGAAUAAAAAAAGAGGGGAUGGAAUGAAUACAAAUGUUUUACAAUACCCUUUGUGCUAUUUUAAUACUGUUGAGCGGAUAACAACUUUAUAUUUUUGAGUGAGAAAUUCUUUUAAUUUCUUUUUUAUACGUUCAGAUAUUAUCAGAGGAAAACGUAAAUGCGUUACAGUUUUGUAAAUAAAAAUCCAUAUCUUUUAUGUUAAUUAUGUGUUUUUUCUUUACG